AUGACAGAAAACCGUCACUACCCUGACCCGUCCGAGCGUAGCCCUCUGCUGCGAACUGACCAAACUGCAGUGAACGGAACGUUUGCUUACAGCACACAUUCGUCCGACUCGGGAUGCUCCACCCCGAUCCUCGCCGCCGACCUCGAGAGGGUCGUCAGCGCGGCUGAGGAUGCCGGCCUCCCGGGCCCCGGUAUCGGGGGAGGUGCUAGGAGCGACGCAGACGAGACGGGGAACGGGUCGGCUUUGAGUGGCCGUGGCGCGAGACCCCGGGGACCUGCUCCAAACAUGAAGCUGCUAAUGCCCGCCAUCAGUAUCGGUGUUUACCUGUGCGCCGUGGACCAGCUCCUGGCCGUCGCCACGUACGCAAAGAUUGGCAGCGACCUGAAGGCCUUGAACAGCACUUCCUGGAUAGCAACCGCUUACUUUCUCACCCUCACAAGCUUCCAACCUCUCUCCGGCAAGCUCAGCGACAUCUUCGGGAGGAAAGAGUGUCUCCUCGCUUCCUACUUCAUCUUUGGCCUGGGAUGUCUUGGAUGCGGGCUUGCCCGGGAUAUGACUCAACUGAUCAUUGCAAGAGCUGUCUCCGGCAUCGGUGGCGGCGGCAUGACCAGCGUGGUCAGCAUAUUACUCACAGAUCUGGUACCCCUGCGAGAAAGAGGAAUAUGGCAGGGCUACAUUAACAUCGUCUACGCCUUGGGAUCCGCAACCGGCGCCCCCAUAGGAGGUCUCCUCGCCGACUCUGUCGGUUGGCGGUGGUCCUUCAUUGGCCAAUGCCCCAUUUGCCUCGCGGCCUUUGCCGCAGUCUACUUGAUCCUCAAGUCGCCCGACAUGGGACAUGCGCACUGGAGGGAGAAGCUUGCCAAGAUCGACUUCCUCGGAGCCGCCUGCCUCAUCGCCGCCGUCUUCUCUCUCCUCCUCGCGCUGGACAACGGAAGCAACAAUGGCUGGGGUGAGAUAUUCACCAUCGUCUCGUUGGCUCUCGCCCCCUUUCUUUUCUUAGUCUUCGUCCUGGUUGAGAUGAAGGUCGCAUCCCACCCAUUCGCGCCAGGCCACAUCAUUUUCGACAGAUCACUGUUCGCUUGCUUUGCUGCCAACUUCUUUGGCGUCGGUGGUCAAAUGCCUGUGGCUUACUAUGGCAUGACUGUUGUCGAGGCAAGUCUCUUGUUCAUCCCGGGCUCUAUUGCAGGUGUAGUUGCCUCCCUGGGCAGUGGAUACAUCAUCAAGAGGACUGGCCGAUACUACUGGCUCACAGUUGCCUCGUAUACGACGCUGUUGCUCAGCUCCCUGCCUUUGGUGCUUUGUACCGGGAUCGUGACCGACUCUGUUGUGGGCACAACCGUCGGCCUGGCCUUGUCAUCCUUUGGUAAUGGUGCAGGUCUGACAACCACACUUGUUGGUCUCAUCUCCAACUCGGCACCCGAGGACACUGCCGUAGUGAUAGCAUGCUCGUACCUGUUCCGCUCGCUCGGGUUGUCAAUCGGCGUGAGCGUCAUGUCGGCCGUGAUGCAGCAAGCCCUGCGCACACAGCUGGCGACCAAGCUCGGUGACGGCGACGAGGCCCUGCGCAUAGGAGAGCGCGUGCGCGAGAGCCUCGACUACAUCGGUCGGCUCGACCCCCAGCUCGCCGACGUCGUUCGCAAGUCCUACAGGUUCGGCGUCUCGGCCGUCUUCAUGGCCAACGCCGUAUUUCUGGUCUUUGCCUUGGUGGCCGCCUUUUAUAUCCGCGAGAAGAGGGUCACGAAGAAAGCUGACGCCCUCGACGGCUGGAUUGUCGACGAACCAAGAACACCUGUCCCCUGUGCCUUGGUUCACGAGGGCGCAAGGCAGGCCCGAUUCCUCGUCAAAGAUUUGCUUCAUAAUCUCCUUCUUGCCGCCGCCGGUGGCGACAAAGGCGACGCGCACGCUGUGGGUGACCACGGGCAGGGUCAAGGUGAUGCGGCGAGGCGGGGGCUUGGGGCUGUCCUCGAUGGGGGCGACCCAGGCGCUCGUCUCGCGCAGCAGCUCGUGGCCGGGGAACAGGCUGCAGGUGUGGCCGUCGGGGCCGCAGCCGAGCAGCAGCAGGUCGAAGAUAGGGAGCUUGACGCUGUCGCGGCUGGCGAAGCUGCGGACCAGGGUCUGCUCGUAGCGGUCGGCCAGCUCCUGCGUGUCGUCGAGGACCUCGGUGUCGAUGGCGUGCACGGUCGGCUGGGGCCCCUGGAUCUUGUCCAACAGCUCCUUCUUGAGCAGGCCAUAGUUGGAGUCCUCGUGGUCAAGCGGCACGGCGCGCUCGUCGGCGAAGAAUAUCUCCCACUUGUCCCAGCGCACCGCGGGCUCGCCGGGCGCAGGGGCGGCGAGGAGGGCCUGCGCCAGGGUCUUGGGGAGGGAGCCGCCCGAGACGGCGACCUUGAAGACAUCGUGUCUUGUUAUGCCGGCGUCUUGGCACUGGAUGACAUAUGA